AUGUUACACAGUGACGUGUGGUCGCCAAUGUGAGUCUCCACUUCAUUUGUCCAAUCAGUACCCACCUUCGUUUUGAUUGGUUUAAGAAGAACUGUCAAUCAAAGCUUUUGGAGGCCUUGCGCAGGAAAGUGCUUAGUAGGACUUCUGGGGUCUUCGAGUAAAGAUGCUCUCCGUGAAAAAUAUAGUAUCUAGUUUUAGACGCCUUUUGCCAAUGGUAUUCUCUUUGCUCAAUAAAGGUUAACCAUUUAAUAUAUUGUCAGACGUAUUUAAUAAUAUUAAUGAUAAUAAUAAAUAAAUAAAUAAUAGCCUACACUUUUUUUGUGACACAACUAUGCCUGCUUAAAUAUUAUUUUACUGUCAGCCUUUCCACAUUUAUAGACAAUUCCUUGUUAAUCUAAAUUAAUUAGGCUAUUUAGAGAUUAGACUAUUUCUCGUCAAUGAUGAUACAUUUAUUUCAUUUUACCAGAUCAACUAAAAUAAGAACCCAAUUCAAAAUAGUGUCGGCCCUAAUAAGAUCAUUUUUUUCAAAAUAGGCUCCAUUCCAAAUAUGAAUAUGCCUAUUUUGGUAAGGCUUAAAACAUCCUUGCAUAUUUGAUGCUUUAUUAUACACUGUUAAAAUAGCAAGACUCAAAACACCAUAAUUGUGUAGUGAAACCAUGACAACUGCACCUAAACUGAGAUCUGGUGUUUGGGGGGUGUUUGAAUGUAAACUCAAUGUAAGUGUUUUGAUACACUGAAUGUGUUUCUAAACAGAAUUUAAAUAUACUCUGAAACACCCAAACUGGUUCUUCAAUCUGAAUAUUGAUGUUUUUAAGAGAGCCUUGUGAAAACCAUUGUUGGCGAUUCACUGCAUUUAAAAGGCAGCAUCAAAACACAAAAAGCAUGUUUUGGCAGACUGUGUCUCUCAUACAAGCAAAUGAUUUUGAAAUACCAAUACCGAUUGAUGAUGAUUUUCAGACAAUUAACAUUUUAAAGAAGACACUGGGAAUGUAAUACUUUUCCUAGGGUAGACAAUGGCAGUAAUCAUAGCCGACGGUUGCCAGGCCCAUUGUGAUAAUAUAUAUAAAUUAUUUUACAAUCAAAAUGUUUAGGGCUAUGUAAGUCAUAGCAGGGGUAACAUUAGGUAACAUAUAAAGAGGCCUUCAUGUGAGAAGGUGGAUGUGAACCUGGGUAUCCUGCUUGUCAAAACACUGCCUUAUUCCAGUCAGCCAGUCUUCAGGACUAAAUGGUUGUGCUGAACCACCCUUGUUAAGUUCAGCACAUGGGGCCCGAUUAAGACUUGAGCUAAGUGGACUUAACAAAACAUGGACGUAAGUCCAAAAAAAAUUCAUCAACUCAAAUCCACCUUUUUGCUUUUUCUGUGCUUUGUUUAGACAGAUUAGAAACAGAAUCGGGAAUUUAGUGCCCAAUUUAUGGGGCAGUAAGAUGGCAAAUAUAUUUUGAAUUUUACCCACUCAACCACACAGCCACGUACAGAGUGAGGAACUUGUACCCCAUAUCAGAAUAUAUUUUUUUAGAUUAAAGAACUAAUUGGAACUUCAAACAUUGUGCUACCGUACUGUUCAGAAUUCCCCCAGUCUGGGGCAUGGAGGUGGAGAGAGGGCAUUCGUGUCAGGUGUGCCCUCUAGCAAACUCUAUGGUCAAGUAUAAAAGCAGGCAAGUUUGUGGGCACCUCCGCUGUGUUCAGGUUCUUCAGAAACUCAGACAGGAAAGAGCACACCAGGCUCAGGCAAAGCUCUCCAAAACAAUCCCAAAAGUAUGCGUCAAUGACAACGUGAGCACAAAAUGUUAUAGAACCCCACAGUGGAGGUAUCAUAAUACCCAUAAAACCUAGCGGUCAAACAGGGAAAUGGUUCCAAUCGCUUUUCCACCAUUCAUUUUUCCCAUAGAGAAUAUUAGAAACACUUAAAAUAAGGGCUGUAUUUCGUGUAGGCUUACCCUGGCGUGAUGUUUUGAUAACCAUGUAAAUCUCUCUCGGACAAGGUGACUUUUAUCAAUAUAUUCGGCUCUAUUUACUCUCAGAUUCGAACAUGCUAAUUAGCGUCAAUGUAGACAUCAUGCAAGACUACAAAUCCCUGCAAGCUCCUGCAUCUCUAGCUGACACCUUUGCUAACAGGUAUUGUGUCAAUUGAAAACUUGCACAAGACAGUUCACAGAAUUGUUAAUUUAAAGAAAUGUAGCCAAUUUAUUAAUUACAAAAUGUAGCUAACAUUAGCUAACAUCCAGAGAUUAUUACCUUUGCCUCGAUUCGGCAGUCUCGUCCAGAUCAUCAUGGCAUUUGUAGUUCUUAAUGAUAGCCACAUUAGCAGCUAAUUAGCAUUACUUUUUUGGGGGGUGAAUACAGGCGACUAUAUUGAUAAAAAUCACAUUGUCCUACAGAGAUUUAAACAGUUAUCAAAACGUCAUGCCGGGGUAAGCCUACAUGAAACACAGCCCUUAUUUUAAGUGUUUCUAAAAUCCCCUUGAGGGGAAAAUAAAUGGUGGAAAAACUAUUGGAACCAUUUCAAUAUUUGACUGCUAGGUUUUAUGGGUAUUGUGACUGUGUUACAUUGAAGAAGGAAACAGAAAAGGAAUUCACUCAACAAGAACAUUGGUUUUGUGUAGAAUUUUGGUUGCUACAGUAAUAGUCACUGUAUGCUUACAGUACAAGUCCAACAGCCAUUUUGAUUCAUUGAUCAGUUUUGUUGAUGCUACAUCUAGUUGUUAAUGGACACGUCAUUGUUUGCACCUUUUGUGCACUUGUUUUUUAUGCAAAUUAAGGCCUGUUUUUUUUUGUUAAUACUGCUGGUUUGUUUCCCUACUAGCUUUGCGAGCUUUAUAUUUUGAUCGAUUCUUGCCUCACAUGCUGUAUGCUACACUAUAUAGCCACUGCCAAUUUAGUCUGCUCUAGUUCUUGCCUACCACGCCACAUGUUAUUGCAUCCAACUUUUGACAUUCAUAUUGUUAUCUUGUUUCUCUAAUUGCAUAGUUUCAUUCAUGUAUAUGCAUUUUGCAUAUUGCUAUUGAUAUGUUUAAUAAUUGUAUAUUAAUGUUGCAAUUUAUUCAUAUUAAAGCAGUUAAUAACUUAAUAAUGCAUGAAUGUACUAUCAUUAUUGCUUGUUAUUAUUUGCUAUUGCUAGGUUUCCAUGCAGAAAAACAUACAUACAUACUAUGUUACCCACCGGCUGGCCAAUCCUAACCACAGCCAAUCAAGACAAGGUUCACAGACUAAUGCCAACUGAACUGUCAACUGUCAAUCAUAACAUCUAACUUAACUGUACUGUGAUUCAAGCCAUCUGAACAACUUCCAUGUACCAUCAUCUGAAUAUAAAGACUCAGGUCAGAGACAUUAGCAUAAUGGAUGACUGGUGGAUCGCAUUGUGCCCUGGGAUUAAGUUUUGUACAAGUUUUUUAUGAGUGCUACUGCUAACAUUAGCAGUCACUGCCUGUAUUUUUGUGAAAUACAAUGCCAUAUUUCCCUUGAUUUUGAAGAAUAUGACUAUGAUAAAUAACUUACAGAUCUUUGAACUGUCUUACUUUAUCAGUAUUAAAAUGUUAAGGACCAGUUCAUGUUUUGUUGUCAUUUGAUCAUUUGCUAAGAAAAUAUUAAGCGUUUGAAGCUUCAAAAUCAUGUCUUGAAAAAUGUAUUUUGUAGUCAUUAAUUAUUAUCCUGGACAAACGUAUUAAUUUGUAUUUUCACAAAACUAUAUUUUCUCAUUUCCUUUGUUUGAGCAUAAUACCAUACAUUUGACCUUUAGGAAUGACCUAUGAGGAGUUUAUCAACACACAUUAUAAGAGCAGGGAAUAUACAAUAUGAGGAGGGACUCCCGUUUACAGUAUUUGGAAACUCCAGAAGAAGGGUUCCAAUGGUACACUAGACAGUAUUCGAAACACAAUGAUAGUGUUUAGGAGCUUUAGAUCGAGGAAACGACAUCAAAAGAGAAGGGGUCUAAUUCUGCAUGAAACAGGACUCGAAACAUCAUAAUAGUGUUUUCAUUAUUUACCUGGUUAGUGCUCCCAGUCUCUGGCAAGGUCUUCCUAUGACUAUGUGGCGUUACAACACACCACGUCAUGUUUCAGAACACCUUAUGGUGAAUGUUUCUGUAGGCUACACCUUAAAUCUGUCUCAUAACACCUUACACCCAUGUGUUUCAAAACGUCACCAAAGUUAAGGUUUCGUCUCCUUAACGUUGGUGGCAGCUCAGUUCCCACUAGUGUUAGUGUUACAAAACACUUUAUUUUAAUAGUGUAGGCAACUUCUGUCCCUCAUGCCCGUCGUCUAUCAGCAAUCAUCAUUAUAGCAUGUAGCCAAAUCCUACUAUUACAUUACACAGUAGUAAGCCCAUGCGAGUUCCCACUGUAGACAGAGCAGACAAUCGGAUCCGUCUGUGAUUGGCGGAUGUCGCGUUGUCUCUUCCCGGUUUUUGUGACUUGACCUCUUCCCUUGGCAACCACUUCCUCCGAGCACCCAACCCGGCCAUCUUUAUUUAACUCAUUCAUUAAAAGUUUUUGUAAACACACUGGAAGAUUGUUGCAUUUGGUUAAGCAUCUGACGAACGACGGGAUACAUUUAAAUUGUUUUUGUAUCGGCGUGCUCCAGCGUAUGCUACAGCGUAGCGUAUUUCUGCCACAGCCAAAGUUGGACUGAAAGCGUACGUGUUUAUUAGUAAUAUCCUUCGACAUGUAGUCUAGUCUACAUUUGCGUUCAUCAUACGAUACAUUUACUGUAAGUCGUCUAGUUAGUGUAUGUUUGUCAGUGACUGCUGUCUGCAGUGUUGCAGCCUCUAGUAAUUUCACCAGCGCACCCGCGGUAAACAAUUGUCUAGUAAAUAGCAAUAGAUGUGUAUCCAACAGUAGAUGUGUACAGAACGCGCGAUUUCAAUGUAGAAAGACGACGCGCUAGCCUAUCUGUCGAUGACCCGUUUACCGGAGGCUGCUAGACGUUACAAUGUAACCACAUGAUGAUGAUGAUGAUAAUGACGACGAUAUUCUGUCUGGACCUCGAUAUUGUGCUCGCGUUACAUUGUAAUAACGUUACGUGAACGAUUUAACGUAAUCUUUAUGAUGAGGGGUGAAUACAGCCAUAGCCUCUUCACCAAUACACAAUUCAAUAGGCUACUACAUUUCCCGGAAUAAUAUUGUUCUGAAUUACACUUAACUAAAGUAUAUAUUUCCCCCCUGCAGGUUAGAAUGAGAAAGAAGCAGAAUGUGAAACAGAGGAAGACAGAGACAAUAACUACAACAGUAAUAACACCACCACCAUUAACAACACCAUCACCAACAACAACAACAACAACACCCCCAGUCGUCCAGGAGUUCGUGGUUGAGAAGAUCAUCCGUAGAAGGGUCUCCAAUGGAAGAGUAGAGUACUAUCUGAAGUGGAAAGGAUUCACUGAGUAAGGAGAGCAUUUCAACACAGUUGGAUAGACCAUGGUUCCUCCCAAAUGGCACCCUAUUCUCUAGCGCACUACUCUUUGAAAAUAAUUACACAUUAGUGCACUAUAUAGGGAAUAGGGGGCAAUUUGGGACGUAUAAUGUGUAUCCUAGACUAGUUAUUAAGAGUUGUCUAUGAAUUCCAUUCAUGUCUUCAAUGGCUAAUAUUAGACGUUUGCUGUACAUAGACAUACUCACACUGUUUCUGCCUCUGCCACUAGUGCUGACAACACCUGGGAACCGGAGGACAACUUGGUCUGUCCUGAACUGAUAGAAGAGUUCCUGAGAAACCUCUGUUUGUCUGGAGAGAAUCAGGUUGAGGAAGAGAACCUACGGCCGGUGGAACCAGAGCUAGUCCCCAAAGAGGAACUGGCAGAACAAGAGACUGAGAUUGUGAGUGACUGAGAUCUGGGAUGACAGAGUGACUGAGAUCUGGGAUGAGAGAGUGACUGAGAUCUGGGAUGAGAGAGUGACUGAGAUCUCGGAUUACAAAGUGACCGAGAUCUGGGAUGACAGAGUGACUGAGGUCUGGGAUGACAGACAGGUCGGCUACAUCAGAUCCUUGUUUAUUAAUCUCAAUAGAAGACUGAUCUCUAGCUCAUUGUGUUUAUUAAUCUCAAUAGAAGACUGAUCUCUAGCUCAUUGUGUUUAUUAAUCUCAAUAGAAGACUGAUCUCUAGCUCAUUGUGUUUAUUAAUCUCAAUAGAAGACUGAUCUCUAGCUCAUUGUGUUUAUUCAUCUCAAUAGAAGACUGAUCUCUAGCUCAUUGUGUUUAUUAAUCUCAAUAGAAGACUGAUCUCUAGCUCAUUGUGUUUAUUAAUCUCAAUAGAAGACUGGUCUCUAGCUCAUUGUGUUUAUUAAUCUCAAUAGAAGACUGAUCUCUAGCUCAUUGUGUUUAUUAAUCUCAAUAGAAGACUGAUCUCUAGCUCAUUGUGUUUAUUCAUCUCAAUAGAAGACUGAUCUCUAGCUCAUUGUGUUUAUUCAUCUCAAUAGAAGACUGAUCUCUAGCUCAUUGUGUUUAUUCAUCUCAAUAGAAGACUGGUCUCUAGAUCAUUGUGUUUAUUCAUCUCAAUAGAAGACUGAUCUCUAGCUCAUUGUGUUUAUUCAUCUCAAUAGAAGACUGAUCUCUAGCUCAUUGUGUUUAUUAAUCUCAAUAGAAGACUGAUCUCUAGCUCAUUGUGUUUAUUCAUCUCAAUAGAAGACUGGUCUCUAGAUCAUUGUGUGUAUGUAGGUCCACUACUAUAUGAUCAUGGUAUAGAAUAAGAAUACCGGUACCCAAAAAUGCACAUUUGUUAUAUUAUGAUAAAAGCUCCACAAUAAUGUGGAAAAGUUACCUCAGCAGACUGAUAUAGGAAUAGAACCAGGAAGGAGGCAUUCUAAUUCCAGAAUGAUAUCCACAUGUUCCAGACAUUCUGUUCCAGAUAUAGACAUGUUUCAUUGUCCCCUUGGAGUCAAUGUUUCCACUUUCCACGACUGGCACUGAGCUUCCACAUAGUUCUAUAGAAUGAUGAAAAAACCAUCAGCUGGGUUAUAACGCUCCACCAACUCAUCACAACAGGAGAUCCCUCUGACAGGUCAGCUGGGUUAUAAUGCUCCACCAACUCAUCACAACAGGAGAUCCCUCUGACAGGUCAGCUGGGUUAUAACGCUCCACCAACUCAUCACAACAGGAGAUCCCUCUGACAGGUCAGCUGGGUUAUAACGCUCCACCAACUCAUCACAACAGGAGAUCCCUCUGACAGGUCAGCUGGGUUAUAACGCUCCACCAACUCAUCACAACAGGAGAUCCCUCUGACAGGUCAGCUGGGUUAUAACGCUCCACCAACUCAUCACAACAGGAGAUCCCUCUGACAGGUCAGCUGGGUUAUAACGCUCCACUAACUGAUCACAACAGGAGAUCCCUCUGACAGGUCAGUUGGGUUAUAACGCUCCACCAACUCAUCACAACAGGAGAUCCCUCUGACAGGUCAGCUGGGUUAUAACGCUCCACUAACUGAUCACAACAGGAGAUCCCUCUGACAGGUCAGCUGGGUUAUAACGCUCCACUAACUGAUCACAACAGGAGAUCCCUCUGACAGGUCAGUUGGGUUAUAUCGCUCCACCAACUCAUCACAACAGGAGAUCCCUCUGACAGGUCAGCUGGGUUAUAACGCUCCACCAACUCAUCACAACAGGAGAUCCCUCUGACAGGUCAGCUGGGUUAUAACGCUCCACCAACUCAUCACAACAGGAGAUCCCUCUGACAGGUCAGUUGGGUUAUAACGCUCCACUAACUGAUCACAACAGGAGAUCCCUCUGACAGGUCAGCUGGGUUAUAACGCUCCACUAACUGAUCACAACAGGAGAUCCCUCUGACAGGUCAGCUGUGUUAUAACGCUCCACUAACUGAUCACAACAGGAGAUCCCUCUGACAGGUCAGCUGGGUUAUAACGCUCCACUAACUGAUCACAACAGGAGAUCCCUCUGAAGGUCAGCUGUGUUAUAACGCUCCACUAACUCAUCACAACGGAGAUCCUCUGACAGGUCAGCUGUGUAAUAACGCUCCACUAACUGAUCACAACAGGAGAUCCCUCUGACAGGUCAGCUGUGUUAUAACGCUCCACUAACUGAUCACAACAGGAGAUCCCUCUGACAGGUCAGCUGUGUUGUGUUGUCCUCCCAGCAGGUGUACAGCAAGCAGAGACAAAAUGACCUCCAGGAGCCAGCUGACCAGGAGUCUGUAUCUCCUACUGACCUCACCCUCACCUGCCCCCUGGAACCUGAACGCAUCAUCGGCUCCACAGACAGACACGGAGAGCUCAUGUUCCUCGUCAAAUGGUACAGUUAACCGCUUGCAUACUGCCACAACAAACUCCAACAAACACCAACAUUCCAAAGUUGGCAGAUGUUGUCUGUUGUAUUUAGAAUGUUCUAAAAGCCAAUUGGCCCAAAUAAAAACUCUGUGUCACACAACUGGUUCUUCUUGUCUUCCUGACUGUAUGCCAGGCAGCAACAGACUAGUGUAGGUUACAUUCCUCAAUCCUACUAGUCAUUUCUGGUAAAUACUUUUGGUUGUACAACAGCACCAAAGUAGUUAUAAUGAUUUACUCUGACAAACAGAAAAAAGUAGACAUUGUCUCCCCCCCCUCUGUUGUUUAUAAUGAGCUUGUAGUCUCCCUCUCUCUUUACAUGUGUAAUGUGUAAUAUCAUGUAUAUUAUCUAUGUAAUCAUAUGUCAUAGGGACAGGAUAAUAAUUCCAAUAAUGGCCUGUAUCCCUGUGUGUCUGUACAGGAAGAACUGUGAUGAGGUGGCCCUGCUGUCAGCUAGGGAGGCCAGCGCCAGGUGUCCUCAGGUGGUCGUAGCCUUCUACGAGGAGAAACUCACCUGGCACUCUGGGGAUGAGGACCAGUAAAGGG